AUGAGCCGGCAGAGUAUCUCGCUCCGAUUCCCGCUACUUCUCCUGCUGCUGUCGCCCUCCCCCGUCUUGCCAGCGGACCCCGGGGCGCCCGCGCCAGUGAACCCCUGCUGUUACUAUCCAUGCCAGCACCAGGGGGUCUGUGUUCGCUUCGGCCUUGACCACUACCAGUGUGACUGCACCCGCACGGGCUAUUCUGGCCCCAACUGCACCAUCCCUGAGAUAUGGACCUGGCUCCGGACGACUUUGCGGCCCAGCCCCUCUUUCGUCCACUUUCUGCUGACGCAUGGGCGCUGGCUGUGGGAUUUUGUCAAUGCCACCUUCAUCCGGGACACGCUCAUGCGUCUGGUACUCACAGUGCGUUCCAACCUUAUCCCCAGCCCUCCCACCUACAACAUAGCGCAUGACUACAUCAGCUGGGAGUCCUUCUCCAAUGUGAGUUAUUACACUCGCAUUCUGCCCUCCGUGCCCCAAGACUGUCCCACGCCCAUGGGCACCAAAGGGAAGAAGCAGUUGCCAGAUGCCGGGGUCCUGAGCCGUCGCUUCCUGCUCAGGAGGAAGUUCAUCCCUGACCCUCAAGGCACCAACCUCAUGUUUGCCUUCUUUGCGCAACACUUCACCCAUCAGUUCUUCAAAACUUCCGGCAAGAUGGGUCCUGGCUUCACCAAAGCAUUGGGCCACGGGGUAGACCUUGGCCACAUUUAUGGAGACAAUCUGGAACGUCAGUAUCAGCUGCGGCUCUUUAAGGAUGGGAAACUCAAGUAUCAGAUGCUCAAUGGAGAGGUGUACCCGCCCUCGGUGGAGGAGGCUCCUGUGCUGAUGCACUACCCCGAGGGCAUCCCGCCCUGGAGCCAGAUGGCCGUGGGCCAGGAAGUGUUUGGGCUGCUUCCUGGGCUCAUGCUCUACGCCACGAUCUGGCUGCGUGAGCACAACCGCGUGUGUGACCUGCUGAAGGCUGAGCACCCCACCUGGGGCGACGAACAGCUCUUCCAGACGGCCCGCCUCAUCCUCAUCGGGGAGACCAUCAAGAUUGUGAUAGAGGAGUACGUGCAACAGCUGAGCGGCUACUUCCUGCAGCUCAAGUUCGACCCAGAGCUGCUGUUCGGGGCCCAAUUCCAGUACCGCAACCGCAUCGCCAUGGAGUUCAACCAGCUGUACCACUGGCAUCCCCUCAUGCCCGACUCCUUCCGGGUGGGCCCCCAGGACUACAGCUACGAGCAGUUUCUGUUCAACACCUCCAUGCUGGUGGACUACGGGGUCGAGGCCCUGGUGGAUGCCUUUUCUCGCCAGCCUGCAGGCCGGAUCGGUGGGGGUAGGAACAUAGACCACCACAUCCUGCACGUGGCUGUGAAUGUCAUCAAGGAAUCACGGGAGCUGAGGCUGCAGCCCUUCAAUGAGUACCGCAAGAGGUUUGGCAUGAAGCCCUACACCUCUUUCCAGGAGCUCACAGGUGAGAAAGAGAUGGCAGCUGAAUUGGAAGAGCUAUAUGGAGACAUCGAUGCUUUGGAAUUCUACCCAGGGCUGCUUCUUGAGAAGUGCCAUCCGAGCUCCAUCUUUGGGGAGAGUAUGAUAGAAAUGGGGGCUCCUUUUUCCCUUAAGGGCCUCUUAGGGAACCCCAUCUGUUCUCCAGAGUACUGGAAGGCAAGCACAUUUGGUGGUGAGGUGGGCUUCAACCUUGUCAAGACGGCCACGCUGAAGAAGCUGGUUUGCCUCAACACCAAGACGUGUCCGUACGUGUCCUUCCACGUGCCAGACCCCCGCCAGGAGGACAGGCCUGGGCUGGAGCGGCCACCCACAGAGCUCUGA